AUGGCUCAAGACCCAAGAGCUCUUCUCCAAAAGGCUCAGAAGCAGCUUCAGAGUGCCGGCGGCGGCUUCAGCUUCUUUGGUGGACGAGAGGAGAAGUAUCAAGAGGCCGCUGAUCUCUUCACUCAAGCCGCCAAUGCCUUCAAGAUGCAGCAACAGAUGCUCGAAGCCGGAAAGGCUUUUGAACAGGCCGCCCAAGUUCAAACCGACAAGCUGAAGGAACCCGAUGACGCUGCCAACACCCUAGUGGAUGCCUUCAAGGCCUACCGCAAAGACGACCCUCAGGCUGCUGCGCGAUGCCUGAACGUCGCUGUCGAUCGAUACUGCGCCAAGGGUAAUUUCCGCCGCGCAGCUUCCCAUAAGGAAAAUCUCGGCGAGCUGUAUGAGGUGGAACUCGGCGAUGCCAAGAGCGCUAUCGAGUGCUACGAACUCGCUGCUACCUGGUAUGAGGGCGAUAAUGCGGCAGCUCUUGCCAACAAGCUAUGGCUGAAGGUGGCCGACGUGGCUGCUAUCGAGGGCGACUACUACAAGGCCAUCGAGAAAUACGAGAGGGUGGCUGAGCAAUCAAUCAACAACAACCUCAUGAAGUACAGCGUCAAGGACUACUUGCUCAAGGCAGGUAUCUGCCAUCUGGCCAGUGGCGAUCUGGUCGCUGCUCAGCGCGCCCUGGAGAAGUACCGCGAUAUGGAUCCCUCAUUUGGUGCACAGCGUGAGCAUCAGCUUUUGACUGACCUCUGCGAGGCCAUCGAGGCCAAGAGCCAGGAGCAGUUUACCGACAGGCUGUAUCAGUUCGACCAGAUCAGCAAGUUGGAUAAGUGGAAGACGACGAUCUUGGUGCGAGUGAAAAACCAGAUUGAGGAGGAAGAGGAUGAAGAGUUUGCGUAG